AUGUUGGAUCUGGAUGAUGUGAGGAGGCGGUAUAGAGAGCUGAGCAGUGUUGAAGAUAGUAAAGAGAAGAUUAUUGAGGAGCUAUUCUCUCAAGUUGAGGAGCUGCAGAAAGAUCUCACCAAAGCCCAUGAUGAGCUCGACAACUAUAAGGAGCUUGCUGCGAUGUUCAAGGACAAGUCAAACAAAGACAAAGAGGCAUUGGAGAUGAAGAACCGUGAUCAUGCUAGACUGAGCUUUGUUUCUGUCCUCGUUGAUGGCGACUGUAUGAAUUUUCAAGAUUCUCUCAUCCAAAGUGGAUAUGAUGGCGGUCAAAAAGCUGUACAGCUGUUGAGGAAAGCGGUCGAAGACUACCUAUUUCAACUUGACCCCGAGGCGAACCCCAGGGUCCAGUGUAAAAUUCGUGUAUAUGCCAAUGUGGGCGGUCUGUCAAAGACGUAUCAUGAUACGAACAUUGCCCCUGUCGACGGGACACUAGAGGCGUUUAUUCAGGGAUUCAACAUGGAAAACGGUCUAUGUGAUUUCGUGGACGCAGGAAACGGAAAGGAAUGCUCUGACGUGAAAUUACGAGCCCUAUUUGAGCAAGAUAUCCUCGAUGUUCAUUGUCAGCGUGUUAUAUUCUGCGCGUCUGCGGACAAUGGAUAUGCACGCGUGCUGGGACCACAUCGGGAGUCCCACCGUAUCUCCCUCGUCGAAGGGCCUUCUUUCGCACGUGAAAUGAAAGAUCUGGCGCCGCAUUUUGCAACCACAAGUUUCCCAGACGUUUUCCGGUCGACAAAAAUAAUAUCCAGGAGAGUAUCAUUCAGCAAUGUCACUCCGCCGAGGACACCCCCUCAGAACUACGCUUCUGCUGUGAAAACGUCACCACCUCGGUCACAAUCAGCGUCGGAUUCCCGUCCGGUUAGCGGUGUGCAAGAAUGCGGCAGGUCAGCGUGUUGA